UGGAAACUUGGGUCACGUUUAACGGUUCAUCAGAGAAAACCUCCAGCCGGCAGAUUCCCGCAGCCUGCUGAGAAAAAGUGAAAUCGUACGGUUAAAUACCCGAUAUUCGGAAACCUCACCAUGGGCGAUCAGCCGGUGUUUAUAGGAGAGCGUCAAGUUGAAAAGUAUUUAGAUUUUCCUACUUUGAUCCCUCUUUUGGAGAGGGCGCUGAUUAACUUCUCCAGCGGCAGCGACGGUGGUGUCGUUCAGCCAAUCCGGACCAUAUUGCCGGUGUCUAAGUACCACGGGUUUUUAGGCGUUAUGCCUGCUUACAGUUCAGUGGACGAUGCCUUAACCACCAAGUUGGUAACGUUCUACGAGAAGAAAACCUCAAGUGAAUUACCCUCGCAUCAAGCUACUGUCCUCUUAUUUGAGCCAACAAAUGGAACCCUAAAGGCUGUAAUCGAUGGCAAAGUGAUAACAGAUAAGAGGACGGCUGCAGUGUCAGUGAUCGCAACAAAGCUGCUGAAGCCCGCGCAUGUUGAAGUGCUGUGCAUUCUGGGCACCGGAGCUCAAGCACGUAGCCAUUUUGAGGCAUUCACACAACAGUUUGCGUUCAAGGAGGUUAGGAUUUGGAGUCGCACCAGGGAAAAUUCGGAGAGAUUUGCUGUGGCUGUGGGGGGAAAGGUGUCGGUGUGUUCAACCCCACAGGAAGCAGUCACUGGUGCUGAUGUCAUUAUAACAGCUACGAUGUCAACAAGACCUGUGCUGUUUGGAGACUGGGUCAAGCCAGGCGCCCACGUAAACGCCAUAGGAGCUUGCCGUCCUGAUUGGAGGGAGCUGGACGAUACGCUCAUGAAGAAUUGUGUGCUGUACGUGGACUCGAGGGAGGCAGCUGCAAAAGAAUCCGGAGACAUUGUUAUAUCACAGGCAGACAUUUAUGCUGAAAUCGGGGAAGUGCUGAAGGGGACAAAGCAUGCUUCUCCUGAGAAAACAACAGUUUUUAAGUCAGUAGGUAUGGCAAUUGAAGAUACUGUUUCUGCAAAACUUGUAUACGAUUCUUGGACAAUAAAUAAGGAAACUGAUUGAAUGGAGGAUCUCCAAUCGUAGUUAAGAAAUUUACAGUAAACAUCGAACAAAUGGCUUUCUUUAAAGUUGAAUAUUCUUUUCAUUUUAUUAUUAGCGGAGAAGAAUAAUUUCAUAGACUUUCUUUGUUACUUUGUUAGUCUGAUAUUAGAAUGAUUUUAUUAGAAUUCAGGUACACUGUGUGUUUUCUCUUUUAUUAAGUAAAUACUAUUAAAUACUUUUGUGGGUCAGCUAUAUGCGUCUAUAAAUAUAUGUAUUAAGCGUCUGGUGGGAAUGUCCCCGAACCCCGUUCCACUUCAAAAAGCGUCUGCACCAUUAUUUUUAAACGUUAACUCAAAA